AUGGUUGCUGCCAACACCAAAGGCCCUGGACCUGUAUCGCCAUAUCUGGAAUGGGUGAAGGAGGGCUUUGACAGUGUCUUUUCCCUACUCAAAGACGCCUCAAGGAGCUCUCGCGAGAAACUUGAAAGCGAUGUGUUUGGCGCCAUCGUGUCGAUGUGUCGCUGGCGGAUCUUGUCAAGAAUCAGGAUGAUCAACCCCGAGAACAAGCCGACAUUUCAGAAAUUCCUGAGAGAAAUUAACUCAGCAAUCGAACAGUCUCCGCGGAGAGCGGAUCGUACCAACUUUCUGACACUGAGCAACCAGUUGAUGUCUGAGCUGGUCAAGUAUCAGGCUGCAUUCACUCCUCCAAUCGGUGGUACUUGGGCGUUAAUUAGGGACGAAGACCUCGAGUCUAUUGUUAAAGUAUGCUACGAGUUUUCCGAGAUGCCGACUGUUGGAACUAUACUUCUCAAGGAUAUGAACGGCAUGAAACCGCGUGCUGACCCGAGUACAUGCGAGGCGGUUCUCAACAUGAUACGAAAAGUGGGAAACUACAAAAGGGCAGCGACGACACUGGUGAAACUCGCCAGGCGAUAUCAAUGUACCCGUCAGGCCAAUACACUCCCCGUGGUAUUGGACUCCUCGACACUUGUCCAGCAUCCUGUUGCACAGCGUCCUAGUCUUCCGGCUAUGCUGGAUAAGCUGAAAGCUCACCACGGAACGAGUUGGAAUACUGCCAAGAUGGUCAAAGAGCUUUCGGGUUACCUUGGAAGCGAAUCUAGGUGCUAUAAAAGCCAAAUUGACCCGCUGAUGCGUCAUCCAAGAGUUCAUGCUGAAAUGCAGCUCAUCUGGUAUCUCGAUCAACACAAGGGCCCGACGCCUCCAAGGGUAGUUGCCUCCAACAAGGAUGCCUGCUAUCUCUGCAACGCCUUCAUUGCCUUUCACGGAAAGUACAGCAUCCCAAGAACCCACGGGAGGAUCUACCCCGGCUGGAGACUGCCAUCCAGUGGCCUCCAGGAGGUGAAGAGGGGAUUUUCUCUGGAGUUGGAGCGCUUGGCGGUGGUCAAGAUUAACCGGAUAAUCAAGGAAGGGGUAGAGCGUAUGAACUAUCCGUUAGAGAGCACUGUACCAUCGGCUGCAGUAUCAGGAAUGUCGAUUCUCACGCAGCAGGCGGAAGUAUUGCGGGAGAUGGUUGAAGGCUCUGACAGCGACGAGACGGUUGUUCCCGAGCAUGGGACUGAAACCUUGAGCUCUCAUGGACAGCAGGCAGAUGAAUCUCUUUCUUCGCAUCAGGGAAGCCCUGCCGGAAAGGAUGGUUCUGAAAAGGAGGAAGAGGCGGCUCCAAGUCACAACACGGUCUUCACCAAGGCCAUUGUCCAGGUCUUUGUCGUUUUCUAA